ACCCAUUCAUGAAUAAAUCGUGUGCCUUUUGCCAUCCACGCCAUAUAUAAAUACGCAGGCGUGAAAGGCGUGGUUUCUGCAGAAAAACUUACGCCUAAAAUGGAGCAGAUAAUUAGCAAAGAAGGUGGAUUCGUCGGCGGCGUACCGAUUCAUAGCCAAGUUCGGAAGAUCAGGCAAGAAAUGGAAAAGAUCAAUCACCCGGCGCUCCAGCAGCCGGAGAUUAGACCGGUUGUUCAUGAGAUCGCCCGACAGAAGCGCUGCAGAUCUCCCCUAGGGUUAGCACAGAGGCCGAUCUCCGUUGGCAAUUAAUGGAACAUUGAGAUAUCUGUUUUCAAUAUUAUGAAAUGGCUCCUCCUUUUUUCCAACUUCUUUCUUCCUUUUUUUUUUUUUUUUUCAUUUGCUUUUUCUCUUAGUUUUCAGUUGUACAUAAUUUGGUUUAGGAUCUGAGCAGAAGUCACUUUUUUGUGAUGUUUGACAUCUUUUUCUUAUUUUCAGUAUUAUCAUAUCUGAAUCAAUUAGAAUCUUUGUUCUUC